AGGUCAAUUCUGCUACGCCAUCGCCGGCCGGUAUCUGCAGUGACUCCCCUGCGUGCACCACUCUCUCGCAGAGUUUCGCUUUUCUCAGUCUGUUAUUCGUCCGAAGGUAUCAUCCGCUGGCUGAAAUAAUCGCGAAUUUGUACGUUCGGUACCGAAAGGCCAAUUCCGCACGGAGAAAAAGCUGGACACCGGAGUAGACUUCCUAGGUGAACUUGCACACCAACGGCGUUUGUUCGGUUUCAGGCCACGGCGGAAUUAUUCUUUCUUAACCCCUCGUGGAGGCCAACGUUGUCAGUCAACGUUGGAAUCGCUAUAUGAUCUCAGACGUCCAUGGGAAUGCUAAAUUGGCUUCCGGUCCAGGUGGGAAGUCACCGAUAGCGUCGGAAAAGGCCUCGACUAUGCCGUGGAACUUGUCCACCGACACGUCGUCAGAGGCACCGACUAGGCCCCCAUUGAACUCCCAGCAGUCGAAUUCCCUCCCUUCAACGCCGUAUCAACAUGCGCGGAACCUCUCCUUCCACUCCCGAUCCCCCUCCCCUCCGCACGGAAGCACUUCCCCUCGGUCGACCCAUUCCGAGUCCACGCACCUACCGCCAUCCUUACGAAAACCGUUCUCCGGAUGUAAAUAUGAAACCGCCAUGGCCUUCUUCCGGAGAAGGAUACCGUAUAGCCUGGGUGCCGAUCUGUUGCCGGAGGAGAGGGAAGGUCUCAAGGAACGGUUGGAGCCGGAGGAGGAGAAGAAACUCACCGACGAUAUGUUGGAGGUAUAUGAUCGAUUACUGCCGUCUGCGGAGAGUGAUGAUCGACGACGCCAACUUGUUCGCAAGUUGGAAAGGCUAUUCAACGAACAAUGGCCUGGUCGGGAUAUCAAGGUCCAUGUUUUUGGGUCGUCAGGGAAUAAACUCUGUUCAAGCGACUCGGAUGUGGAUAUCUGUAUAACAACGACAUAUAAGGAGCUCGAGCAUGUCUGUUUGCUAGCGGAGGUUCUUGCACGACGUAAGGGGAUUUCCUUGAUUCCUCCAGGUCGCGAUCCCCAGCUAACGUUUUUGACAGAUGGCAUGGAACGGGUCGUUUGUGUUUCUCAUGCAAAAGUUCCCAUCGUGAAGAUCUGGGACCCGGAGUUACAGUUAGCCUGCGACAUGAACGUGAACAACACAUUGGCGUUGGACAAUACGCGUAUGGUUAGGACCUACGUCGAGAUUGACGAGCGUGUGAGGCCGUUGGCUAUGAUCAUCAAACAUUGGACGAAACGGAGGAUACUCUGCGAUGCCGGAUUGGGUGGCACGUUAAGCUCCUAUACAUGGAUAUGCUUGAUCAUUAAUUUCCUCCAAACGCGGGACCCUCCAAUUCUCCCCAGUCUUCAGGCUCGGCCCCAUGAGAAGAAGAUUUCGCCGGAAGGAUUGGUUUGCUCAUUUGACGAUGACCUUGGCAGUCUGGCUGGGUAUGGACGGAAAAACAAGCAAAGCUUAGGCGACCUGCUUUUCCAGUUCUUCAAGUAUUAUGGCCAUAAGCUCAACUACGAAAAGUACGUUGUAUCCGUUCGAGAGGGUAAGCUGAUUUCGAAGGAAGCCAAGGGGUGGCACUUACUCCAGAAUAAUCGCCUCUGCGUGGAAGAGCCUUUCAAUACGUCGAGAAAUUUGGGAAAUACUGCGGAUGAUACAUCCUUCAGAGGCGUCCAUCUCGAACUACGAAGAGCAUUCAAGGCUUUGUCGCAAGGAGAACUUGAGCUCUGUUGUGAGCAAUACGAGUAUCCACCCGAGGAAGAGCGGUCGUGGGAGCGGCCGCCUCCUCAACCACGGCCUGUUCUCACCGCACCUCCGUCUUCCCGGGGCGGUCGUGGCGGUGGCCGUGGUGGGCGACAUUCGAACCAAUACCCUCGUGGUGGACAUAAUGGCAGCCGUCGGUCUUCAAAUACGCCGCAUAAGUCCAAUAGCUUCCGCCAAGCCAGCAACGGUAUGAGUGCAUCGGAACUAUCUCUGCAAGCGCAGCAAGCUCAAUAUCUUCUUCAUGAUCAUCUCUACCAGCAGAUUCAGAUCCUCCAAGCCCAGGAACAGGAACUCCGAUUACAGCUUCAAAAUCAAGCACUUCUCACCGGGAGACCACCACCUGUGCUUAUCCGCCAGCCAUUCAUGCAGUUUCCGAUGCCUCAGCAACAGGAGUCAACCGGCGACGACAACUCUCGCUCAAGGUCCGGAACAGCAAACCACGGAACGCAGCUCCGCCAGCAUGUCUACUAUGGCACCCCGUACCUUCCGGUUGCGAUGACGGGCGUGCAAGGCAAUAGUACAACUAACCCACCAUCGCCAUCUGCGCCAACUGCUAUGCCAGAGCUUCGGCGCAAUCCACGUCGAUCGUCAGUUGCGAACGGCUCCCCAGGCGGAUCGCUCAGAGCGCAGUCGCAGCCCGCGCGGUCGGUUCACUCCCUUCCGAGCUUUGCCCCAAUAUACUCCAUGACGCAAGAUCCCCCACAAGGUUCAAAGCAGCGCAAUACGCCUGCAUCACCUGAUGGUGCGCAGAGCGAAGAAGACAGCAACUUCAUGCCUAGUAGUAUGCCCAAUGUGUCUCGCUCUCCAUACUUGGAUGAAAGUCGGCCCGCCGAGUAUAUGGCCUACUACCUUGCCACCUCACCACAAUUGCAGACAUAUCAUCAGAACGCCAUGUUGUCUCCACUGCAAACACCGGUAGGCUUAGCAUUACCGAACGGCACUAUCAUGCCCUUCGUUACCAACUCUCACGAAUAUCUGUCUACACUCGGCCCCCAUGAAGCAUUUGGUUCUUCUCCGGACAACGGCUCUACGCAGGCUUUUAAGGUUGGGUCAACGCAGCAGCGGGCAACGGCACGGCCCAUGGCAUCGGGCGGUCCCCUAAUUGUCGAUGGGUCGGUUCCUCUGACUGAACCGCGCAUUGCCCCUAUCUCUGCCGAGAACUAUGAUCCCUGUGGUGCCAUGAGCCAUUGUACAUCGACUUCGGAUGAUCACAAUACUGAUACCCCCGCCAGUGCCUCCGACGCAUUCUCUCAAGAUUACCAAGAUACGAGCUCGGUGGAAACCGACCAAACUCCGUACUUCGGCCGACAGGGAAUCGAUACUCGGAAACCAACCGACGCUUUGACCAACGGACACGGUGGGAAGCCCAGUCUGCUGUCAAGCCGUCUACAAAGCCUACAUCUCUCGAACAGCGAGAAAAUGACAGAGCCGUUGGCGAAGCCUGGUCCAGAAAAGCACAAGGCGGCUUUUUCUCACCAGGAAACCUCGGACAAGGACUCUUCUCGUCUCAGGCAUACGGCCGCGGAGAAGGGGGUGUCUGGACCGGAGCUACACGGGCCGUCGAAUGGUAAACGCAGACCAAAUGGCGUUGAUGUUUCAGAGAAGCUCAAUGGAAACUCUCAUAAGUCGAAACCUAAAAACCGCUCCGAUACUUCCCACCACGCUAGUGGGUCAGGCGACAAAGAACGGAAUGGUGGCCAUCCUACACGACGCACGAAUGGCACUGGCUCGACUACGCACGACUCUCAUGGCAACCACGCAAGUAGUGGCUGGCAGACAACCAAAAAGAAGCAGAAGAAGAAUGCCAGGUCGAAUGCAGAAAACCGCCACGGGUUCCAUGGCGGUGCCGAGCCCCUCCCUGCGGAUGAAUCUCUGAGAAAAGGCGGAUGAAGGCCCUGAGGAGAUCGGCUACACUCUUCAUUGGAUUUGCGCCGAGCAGCAUGAAUUACGAAUGUUUAGAAUGUGUCACAUGCCAUUGCAAUGAGCGAACCCAAGAUUACUUGUUGGAGUUCACAGCAUCUCGACCUGCUGGAUCAAUCUUUCACGAGGCGAUUAUAUCAGCAGUUCGUGCUAUUGCAUAGCACUUGUACAGUUUGUCGCAGCAAACUAUCGAGACGUUCGGCUUCCCGUCGAACGUUACCCCAAAAUUAUCGUCAAAAGGAGUUCAAGUCACUUGAACUAGAUCCUAUGACGCUGUAUAAAAUGAGGCAAUACCUCUUUGAAAAU